CGAAAGAGAAAUAUGAGGCGAAUGCCGUAGCUACGGAAUAAUCCCAUAGUGUGAUAUAAAAGCAAAUAUACAUAAAAUGUCAGAGGAACACUCGAGACGCAUGCCCGAAAAUACCGGGACCUUAACGGACGAUGACAAUCACUACGAAAUUGGCGGCAAUUCACGACGCACACCAGUCGAGGUUGCGGCCGCCGAGUUGAAUGCUGAAUGUCUCGAUAUCAGUGGCUCAACGGAGGGAUCUGAUGUUGUCGAUGCGGCGGAUCAGUCGAUGGAAGAAGGCGACGAUACAAUAGCUGAAACAAAAGUUAGAUCACAGCGACCUCAUGUAAUGGGCGAAGCACACAGCCCAGUGUCCGCGGAUGAGGAGAGCAGCAGCACAAAUAGCUCAUGCAGCAACGAGCAGAGCGAUUCGAACACAUCGCGCUCCAGCGCAGACAGCGAUGCCACCGAGGAGGAGCAUUCGCCCAACACGGUGGUGGAUGUCACUGACAUUGCAGGCAGCGAUGAGGGUUUCAGUUAUGCUUCCUCUGAGCCAGUUGAGAAUGUUGAAGAGCCAGCGAAUCAAAUGCACGCUGUGCAUUAUGUGGAGGGAGAAACUGAAGAAGAUGCCGAGGUAGAUGCUGAGGAAGAUGCCGAUGAAGAUACUGAAAUUGAGGCGGAAGACGAUGCGGAAGUGGAGCCAGAAGACGAGCCGGAAGCUGAGAUGGAAGUGCCCGAAACGCCCGCAUCACCCAUAGAUGAUGGUGAGGAGUUCAUCGAUAUAUUGCCAGGCAAUCGGCGUUCCCACUACGCCUUUAAUAUGCAGAUGCAACACCAACUUGAUGAAGAAUACCGCACACAGUCGCCGGGUAUGGCGCCAAGAGAUCCACGACAAAAGCUGAAUUUUGGAGCGAUGAGCCAAUAUGAGAGCAUCUCCGGCAGCAGCGAGGAUGAGAGCAGCACUGGCGAUGACGAACACGAACCGGAUGUCCAACGGGAGGUAGACAACGAGCAGAAUGAUCAGCAAGAAGACGACGAGCACGAUGAAGAUAAUGCUGAUGAUGGUGAAGAUAAUGCUGAUGAUGGUGACGAUCAUGAUGAUCAUGAUGACCAUGACGAUGAUCAUGACGAUGGUCAUGACGAUGAUCAUGAUGAUGAUCAUGACGAUGGUCAUGACGAUGAUCAUGAUGAUGAUCAUGACGAUGAUGAUGAUGAUCAUGAUGAUGAUGUACUCUUGACAGAGAAUGAUGCCAGCUCAGUGGAUACGGCAACCGCAACAGAGCGAACCGAUUCGGAUGGCUGCGAUAUGCCGUUAAAGAAGAUCGAAAUCAAUGAGCAUUCCGACAAGAUAUACUAUAUACGCCGUGCCGAUGGCACCGUACACGCCGGUCACGUGCUUCAGGCACGCAUCACCGACAACGGAAUCUCGCCCAACGAGUAUUAUGUACACUAUGUGGGCCUCAAUCGGCGCCUCGACGGCUGGGUGGGUCGGCAUCGCAUCUCCGAUAAUGCGGAUGAUUUGGGCGGCAUUACGGUGACCAGCCAGCCGUCGCCAUCGACGCCGCCUUGCGAUCAACCGAGCAGCAGCAGCAGCAGCGGCGCCAAAUCAUCGAUGAGAAGCAGCGUACGCAGCAGCAUGAUGCCACGCGCCAAGCGGCAGGGCAACAUGGAUUACUAUUUGUCGGCAAGCGAGAACAAUCGCUACGAUUACAGUGACCGGAAGAUGACACGCUAUCAGAAGCGACGCUACGAUGAAAUCAAUCAUGUCCAGAAGAGCCAUGCGGAGCUGACGGCCUCGCAAGCUCAACUGGAGAAAGAGCACGAGCAGAUAACGAAAAUUAAAUAUAUUGACAAGUUGAUUUUCGGGUGCUAUGAGAUAGACACGUGGUACUUCAGUCCAUUUCCGGAGGAGUACAGCAACGCACGCAUUUUAUAUGUGUGCGAAUAUUGCCUGAAGUAUAUGCGAUUGGAGAAGAGUUAUUGCUUUCAUUUGUAUGACUGCCAGAAGCGACGUCCGCCUGGUCGAGAGAUCUAUCGCAAUGGCACAAUUUCCAUCUUUGAGGUAAAUGGCCAGGAGCAGCCGCUAUAUUGCCAACUGCUCUGUCUGAUGGCCAAGCUAUUUCUGGAUCACAAAGUGCUCUAUUUCGAUAUGGAACCAUUCUAUUUCUAUAUACUCUGUGAGAUUGACAAGGAGGGGUAUCACAUUGUCGGCUAUUUCUCAAAAGAGAAACUCUCGCACGAAAAUAAUAAUGUGGCAUGUAUUUUGGUGCUACCGCCGCAUCAGCGCAAGGGCUAUGGCAAACUAUUGAUUGCCUUCAGCUAUGAGCUGUCCCGCAAAGAGGGCGUCAUUGGCAGCCCCGAGAAGCCGUUGUCGGAUCUGGGACGAUUGAGUUAUCGCAGUUAUUGGGCCUAUACGCUGCUCGAGCUGAUGAAGGGAUACUGCUCGGCGGAGCAGACAACCAUUAAGGAGCUGAGUGAGGCGAGCGGUAUCACCCAGGACGACAUCAUCUAUACCCUGCAGUCCAUGAAGAUGAUCAAAUACUGGAAGGGCCAGAAUGUCAUCUGUGUCACCCCGAAAACCAUCAAUGAUCAUCUCCAGCUGCCACAGUUUAGACGGCCCAAACUAACCAUUGAUUUGAAUUAUCUGCACUGGGAGCCACAUGCAAAGCCAGUGCCGAGCAUUCCACCACAGUAAUUGAAACGGAUUUAUAUUAAAUUCAUAACUGAUAUAAUCUACAAUAUACAUACACAUAUAUAUGUAUGUAAUAUGAUGCUUAUGUGAACUUUAAAGCAAAGUUUAAAAAUAUAUGCUAGGAACCCUA